AUGAUCGGCUACUCAGCGGUGCCUGUGGAUCCAGCAUUAACAGAGCUUUUCAGUGUGUACGGCUGCCCCCAGGCCAAGAAGAGAAAGAGCCUAGACAGACAAACCCUGGAAACGUCCCCCAAGAGGAGCACCUACCUAGAUGACAUGGACAACUCCACCAUGGAGGAGUGCUAUGAGACAGACGGAACCGAGGAGAUGGACGACAGGGAGGAAGAGGAGGAGGAAGGAGCGGUAGAGGAGGAGGAGGAAGAGGGUGAAGUGCACGAAGAAGAAGAGGUGGAAGGCUACGUGGACUACAACGAGGAGCAAAUGGAGCCCGAAGAAGGGGAGGAGGAGGAGGAAGAGGAGGAAGUAGAGGUGGAGCAAGAAGAGGAGGAAGAGGCUGAUGAAGAGAGGGUGGAGGAGGCAGAGGAAGAGGAAGAAGAGGAGGAUGCAGUAGAUGAGGUGGACUAUGACGAUGGAGAGGAGGAGGAGGAGGAGGAGGAGGAAGGGGAGCAGAAUCAAGGGCAAGAGGACGAUCAGAUGAGCAGCAGCGAGGGGGGCGAGGGGGUGGGCGUCCGUCGAGGUGGCGGCGGCGAUGCCAGAUCUGGCCCACCAGGGGGGAAGGACAACGGCGAAGAGUACGAGAACUACGAUGAACUCGUGGCCAAGUCCCUCCUCAACCUGGGCAAGAUCGCAGAAGACGCCGCCAACCGAGCCUUGACGGAAUCUGAGUUGAACAGCAACUCCUCGAACAGUGCUGAGGAAGAGGAUGAUGAUGAUGAAGAGGAGGAAGAGGAGGAGGACGAAGAGGAGGAGGAAGAAGAGGAAGAGGAGGAAGAGGAAGGGGAUGGACCACAGAGGGGGAAUCUGAGUUUGGACGUUGACAGUGACGUGGUUCGGGAGACGGUGGACUCGCUUAAACUUCUAGCACAAGGUCACGGCGCGGUACUUUCUGACAAUUUAGAGGGUCAGGAGUUUGAGGACGGCACGGAGAAUGCUUAUCCUCACAACGGGCACAAUGGUGGUAACGGACAAGUUAAGAUCAACAGUAACGGACAAAUAGAAAACAGCGACGAGGAAGUUUGUUUAAGCAGUCUGGAGUGCCUACGGAACCAAUGCUUUGACUUGGCUCGGAAACUUAGCGAAACCAAGUCCACUGACCGAAAUGGACCACCCGGGCAAAACCAUUUUCCGUGCGGAGAUCCCAAUCAACCGGCCCAGCAUCACAACUACGGGAAUUUCCACCAAGACGACAGGCGGUCGCUUGAAAGAAACUAUUCCGACAUGGACAAUCUGUUGAAGCUGGAGGAGCAGCUGAGCCCACGCUCCAAGGCCUUCGCCAGUUGCGCGCAGGAGAACCGAUAUCACACCAACCUGCGGGACUUUGACGAGGACACGGCCUCUGUGACGUCGGACCGAUCGGAAGAAGUGUUUGACAUGACAAAGGGUAACCUGUCUCUGUUGGAGAAGGCCAUUGCACUAGAGUCAGAACGCGCCAAGGCAAUGCGGGAUAAAAUGGCGGCCGAGGCUGCCAGGAGAGACGGGUCGAGGUACGGCCAUGACGACCAUGGGCCACGGCACGGCUACGGUGUGGAGCGCAAAGCCCGGCUUCAUGAUGGUAUGAAGAAGCCUUUCUACCAUAAAGAUAUUUCACGUGCAGACAAGAAGGAGAGUCGAUGUCCGACACCGGGCUGUGACGGCACGGGGCACGUGACGGGCCUUUACCCCCACCACCGGAGUCUGUCGGGCUGUCCGCACAAAGACAGGGUGCCACCAGAAAUCGUGGCUAUGUAUGAGAAUGUUCUUAAGUGUCCUACGCUGGGCUGCACGGGACGCGGCCAUGUCAAUAGCAACAGAAACUCCCACAGAAGUCUGUCGGGAUGUCCCAUCGCUGCAGCCGAGAAACUGGCCAAAGCGCAGGAGAAGCACGUGGGCUGCGACCUCCCCAAAUCCAACCAGGCCUCUGACCGAGUCCUAAGGCCUAUGUGCUUUGUCAAACAACUGGACUAUCCACAGUAUGGUUACAAGAACAAUGUCUCCACCAGCACGCCGCGCUCCAACCUGGCCAAGGAGCUGGAGAAGUACUCCAAGACCAGCUUCGACUACAGCGCCUUCGACGGCAGCACCAACCACCCGGUGUACGGGAAACGGGCCAUCGCACCCAAAGUUCAUGGCCAGAGAGACUCCUCCCCCAAAGGAUAUGACGCCAAGCGUUACUGCAAGACGUCCAGCUCGGCCAGCAGCACCACCAGCACCUACGCCCCCAGCAGCAGCAGCAGCAGCCUGAGCUGUGGGGUGGGGGGCGCGGGAGGAGGCCGAGGGGGCGGGGGCAGCAGCGCCAGCAGCACCUGCAGCAAGAGCAGCUUCGACUUCAGUCACGACAUGGAGGCCGCCCACAUGGCCGCCACCGCCAUCCUCAACCUGUCCACGCGCUGCCGAGAGAUGCCCCACGGCCUGGGGGGGAAGCCUCAGGACCUCUGCUCGCAGAGUCCGGGCCUGGAUGUUGAUGAGAACGGUACGUUGGACCUAAGUAUGAGCAAGCGUCUGUGCAGCGGCGUGGGGGACUCGGUGCUCACCCCUCUGGAGCCCAUGUCACCCCAGAGGCAAGCUGCCCUGCUGGGCUCCCGCUGCUACGGCAUGGGGGACGCCGCCGACUGCUGGGACCUGCCUGUAGACUACACCAAGAUCAAACACAUAGACGAGGACGAGAAAGAAUCAGAUGACCUGGACCCCUUUCAUGACCUGCUGGAGGACCGCUCCUUCACCACAGAUGUUAACAUGCCCAGCCCCAAGCCUAAGUACGCCCAGUGCAAGGAGAAUAAGAAGGACCUGAUAACUCUCUCAGGUUGUCCUUUAGCUGAUAAAAGCAUUCGAAGUAUGCUGGCCAACAACGCGCAAGAGCUCAAGUGCCCGACACCAGGGUGCGAUGGUUCGGGACAUAUCACUGGCAACUACGCCUCACACAGAAGUCUCUCAGGGUGUCCUAGGGCAAGGAAAAGCGGGAUAAAGAUCAUCCACAGUAAAGAGAACAAGGAGGACCAGGAGCCUAUCAGGUGUCCUGUUCCAGGAUGUGAUGGUCAGGGACACGUGACGGGGAAGUAUGCGUCCCACAGAAGCGCUUCAGGAUGUCCCAUAGCAGCGAAGAGACAAAAGGACGGCUACAUGAACGGCAUCCAGUUCACGUGGAAGUCCGGCAAGACGGAGGGCAUGUCCUGCCCCACGCCGGGCUGCGACGGCUCGGGACACGUCAGCGGCAGCUUCCUCACACACCGGAGUCUGUCGGGUUGUCCACGUGCCACCUCCGCCAUGAGGAAAGCUCGGCUCUCUGGAGUGGAGAUGCUGACAAUAAAGCAACACGCCAGCAACGGACUGGAGCAUGAGGAGGAUAUCAAACAGCUGGAUGAAGAAAUCAAAGAUUUAAGUGAAUCCAAUUCACAGGUGGAGGCCGACAUGAUCAAACUUCGGACACAGAUCACAACAAUGGAGUCCAACAUGAAGUCCAUAGAGGAGGAAAACAAGAAACCACUGGCACACAAAGAGCCUCCUCUGAGGAACAACAGCUGCUUACAGUUGCACCAGCAAGAGCCGAUCAGCGAGCAGAACUUUGACGCCUACGUCACCACUCUAACGGACAUGUACACCAACCAAGACCAGUUCCAGAGCCCGGAGAACAAAGCCUUGUUGGAAAACAUCAAGCAAGCGGUUCAAGGGAUUCAAGUGUAACCAAUCAGCAAAGGGAGAUUUUUGUUCCCCCGGCAGGUGUGGGCGACGGUUCCAAUCCACAAACACACAGGCGCUGAUUGUGCGGUGCAGUAUCUUACAUAGUGUUAUAUAUUCUGAAUUGUGUUCUCUCAAAAAAAGAGGUACGAUGCUACAAACACCUCGAGAUAAUUUCUUUCUUUUUCUUUUUCUUUUUGGGCCUUGCUUUGAGGAAGAACAUAAAAAACUGAACGGCAAAAUAGUUUUUGAGGACAUUCACAUUUUGUACGUUUUCAUAUGAGCUGACAUAGUGUCAUGUGAUGUUUCUAGCUGCUCAUGUAUGCACAUUUUUAGUGUAUAUUCCGAACGGUAAGCUAAUACUAACGGACGUGAGUUCUUUUUAUUGCUUGACAACGAAGCAUUUUAGAUGAAAACAAACUGGACAGUGGUAUGAAAACAAAAAAAACUGCAAGCAAGGAGGAAGCUACUUAUGUUUCUCCUCACUGGAUGAUUUUGGACUUCAUGAUUUUAGAUGUUUUCUUUCUUCUUUCUUCUUCUUGCGUGUAAAUUGUUCAAGAGCAAGAACUGGUUUGCCAAUCGCUUUAUUUUCUGACAAUGCUUGAGAAACGUUUUGUGUUUUGUUUUGAUGGAAAAAAAGACGUGUAGCUGUAGGUGGGGGCAUUUUUAAUUGGUGCUGUAAAUGAAUCCGGAGAGGAAACUGACCUGAUGUAUGUAUGAAUGUAUGUAUGAAUAGUUCUAUUGUAAACAUCAUUACACGGAAACCCGAUGGUGGAAAUCCCAUUAUCUAGGAGAGCCAAUUAAUUCCUAGAGGAACACAUCUGUGCGGUACAUGUAUGUUCACAUGCUCAUCCUAAACUAAUCUCAAAUAGAAAUGAUGUGUAAAGACAAUGACUUAAAGAAUACACAUUCUAGCCUUUCUAGUUCAAAUCUGCUCAAUUUCGAGACUUGUGUUGCUAGGAUCAAGAAACGUCUCAGCAAUAUAAUUACUAAAUCAUUUGCUUAUGGUAAGAACGGGAUGCAAUCUACAAUGGAAAAACUAAAAGGUUGGGUAUAUGCAAUUUCUUGUUUAUAAGAAUAGCGGGGUAACAUGGAUCUUUUUAAUAUAGCCUAUGUAAAAUAUUGAUUUUUAUACAAAUCUUUUAAUACGAAAAUCUUUUUAAAAAAGAGGAGGAAACCUGGACAUUGAGUUUUAGAAGGGAAAGUAUAUGAGUUUUUUUCUGUACGAUUUUGCACAGGGACACCUUCGUUUCCAUGUUUUGAUGUUCUUACAGAAACUAAAAGCAGUACCCGAGAGCCUAACGGAGGGUUUCAGAGGGUUUUGUAAAGAGUAUUUAUAGAGUAUGACAGAGGGACUUACAGGGUCACUGUCCCCACUUAUGUGCCAGUAGACUAUUUGCACUUGUCCUUGAAGAUAUUAUCCUUGCGUACGGCGGCGUGCAAUUUUUCAGACGACCUCUUUGGCACACGAUUGGAGCAACCAACUGCUUGGAGCCACUGUAGGCGUGGAUUUAGUACCACUGAGAAGGAAGAACAGGGACUUGAAAUCAGAGAAGAGGAUGAUUAUAACCAUAGCAGUUAUACUGUAGGCUAUUAUCAAAUGUAAAAACAUUGUUCUUUCAUUUUUGCUAUGUUUUAGGAAGAUGAAGUUAUCCCCCAGCAGCACUUUAUAUCUAAUCACUGUACAAAGGAUUAAAUAGUCAAUCAAAUCAAGGUUUUAAAAAAAGCUGAAGAAACGGUGAAAACGAGACCUUCGAGGGGUGAUACAAUCCAGCGACGCGCCCACAUGCCUGGCUGUGUGCACCCCUCUAUUCUGUUGUUCUAGUUGUUAGCGAUCAUGUUCAGAAUUGCCUUUUUGAGAGCUAAUUCAAAAGGUGCUUGUCGUUCACCUGAUUGAAUCUCAUCUAUUGUACUACUGUCCUCUUUCAGGACUCUACUACCCAUCAUCCAUGACUGCAUACGCCUUUUUCCACAGCAUCGUGUCUGCAGCUUUUUGCCAAUAUAGUAAUGCUUCAGUAGAGUAAUAGCUAGUACCAGUUUUUGAAUUAAUUCUCAUUAUCAGUAAAAAGGGAAAUGGAUUUUAAAGCACAAACCGGCUGCUCAUCUGAUGUUGGUACAUAAAUAACAAAUCUGAAUAGAGAUAUCUGUGACUAUCUAUAGGGAACACAAAAAGGUUGUCACAUAUUUAGAAAGCUGACUUUUCAUAUACAACUAUUGUGAAUUCAUCAGAGUUUAUUAUUUAGUUUGAGCCAAUUCAUUUUUGGGAUUGUUUUCAGUGACCAUUAACAAAGACAGGAUUUUGUAUAAACUAUUGUGCUCUCUGUGGAACUGAAGUUUGAUUUAUUUUUGUACUACACAGCAUGGAUUUGUUGACAUUUUAAUUUUGCUAUAAAUGUGUGAGAUCACAAGUUGCUGUGAUAUUUCAUUUAUAAAUUGUGAACUUUGUACAAUUUUUGUCAUGCUGGAUGUUGACACAUCUUACUCUGAAUAAAGAAAAAAAUGUGUUGCCA